UUUGAUCGUAAAAAUUGGAGCAAAACCGACUCUUCCGAUUCCUCAAACCCCCCAUUUCCCCCCUCUCUCUCUCUCCUCCCCUGCAUUUCCUCUCUCUCUCCUCACCCAAAUCCUCUCCCCCCUCACCCCGCCGGCGGUGAGAUCACCCUCCCGCACCAUCGCCGCCACUCCAUGAUCAAAAUCCCCAAAAGGGUGGGGAAAUAGAUUAAAUAAAAAAACAAAAAAGAACCACCCAGGAAACCAUUUUUACAAGAAAACAGAGGAAGAAAGAAGAAGAAAAGAAACAGAGAAACCAAUCUCCCAAGGGUGGUAAAGAAGAAAGAAGAAGAAACCCAUUACAAUACUCCGCAAUCCAAUUCUUGGGUCUUCCUUUUUUUUUCUCCUCCGUCUCCAUUCCUCACAUUUUGAGAGUCCAGAACCUCGCGUCGGAAGUUUUUCCCCCCCAAAGGGAGUUUCUUCUGGUCCGCUUUCGGCCAUGGCGGACAUCGUGAAGGAGAUCCUGGCGCGGCCAAUCCAAUUGGCCGACCACGUCACCAAGGCGGCCGACGAGGCCCAAUCUUUCAAGCAAGACUGCCAGGAGCUGAAAUCCAAGACGGAGAAACUCGCCACCCUCCUCCGCCAAGCCGCCCGCGCCAGCAACGACCUCUACGAGCGGCCCACCCGCCGCAUCAUCGACGACACCGAGCAGGUCCUCGACAAGGCCCUGACCCUCGUCAUCAAAUGCCGCGCCACGGGAAUCAUGAAGCGGAUGUUCACCAUCAUCCCCGCCGCCGCCUUCCGCAAGCUCUCCGUCCAGCUCGAGAACUCCAUCGGCGACGUCUCCUGGCUCCUCCGCGUCUCCGCCUCCGCCGAUGACCGCGACGACGAGUACCUCGGCCUCCCUCCCAUCGCCGCCAACGAGCCCAUCCUCUGUCUCAUCUGGGAGCAGAUCGCCAUCCUCUACACGGGCUCCUCCGAGGAGAGAUCCGACGCCGCCGCCUCCCUCGUCUCCCUCGCCAGAGACAACGACCGCUACGGCCGCCUCAUCAUCGAGGAAGGCGGCGUCCCGCCGCUGCUCAAAUUGGCGAAGGAGGGGAAAAUGGAAGGUCAGGAAAACGCAGCGAGAGCAAUCGGGUUGCUGGGUCGGGACCCGGAUAGCGUCGAACAGAUUGUGAAUGCAGGGGUUUGCAAUGUGUUUGCGAAAAUCCUCAAAGAAGGUCACAUGAAGGUUCAGUCUGUCGUCGCCUGGGCUGUAUCGGAAUUAGCUGCGCACCACCCCAAAUGCCAAGACCAUUUCGCGCAGAACAACAUAAUCCGGUUCUUGGUCAGUCACCUCGCCUUCGAAACUGUUCAAGAACACAGCAAGUACACGAUUGUGAACAUGAACAAGCAGAACUCCAUUCAUUCGGUCCUCGUAGCUAGCAGUAGUCAGAACUCUCACGAUAGAGACCCCGAGGAGGAUUUAACAGUGCCGAAAAUCUCGCACCCGAUGAACAAUCAAACCCCAUCUCAAAUGCAAAAUGUGGUCACUACCACAUUAGGUCAGAACAACCCACCAAACAACAACAACAACAGCAACCAAAAACCAUCGACUACAACACCAUCAACAUCUUCUUCCAACUUAGCAGGAGGCCAGAACAAGAGCUCCAAGCGAAAAGGGAAGAAUCACAAUGGCAAGCAUCACCACCAACACCAACGCCCACGCCAUCACGUCCAAUUGUCGGGGACGAGCAUCAAGAAGAGAGAGCAGGAAGAUCCGAGUACCAAGGCCAACAUGAAGGCGAUGGCAGCUCGAGCGCUAUGGCAACUCGCACGAGGCAACGUGGCGAUAUGUCGAAGCAUAACCGAGUCACGAGCACUUCUCUGCUUCGCCAUCCUGCUCGAGAAGGGGCCUGAGGAGGUGCAAUCGUAUUCGGCCAUGGCGUUGAUGGAGAUCACCACGGUUGCUGAGCAGCACGCGGACUUGAGGCGAUCGGCCUUCAAGCCCACGUCACCAUCCGCUCGAGCCGUGGUGGACCAGCUCCUGAAAGUGAUCGAGAUGGCAGAGUCGGACCUGUUGGUCCCCUGCAUCCGAUCCAUGGGGAACCUAGCGAGGACUUUUCGUGCCACCGAGACGAGGAUCGUGGGGCCAUUGGUGAAGCUGCUUGACGAGAAGGAGCCCGAGGUGAUGAUGGAGGCAGCAGUGGCGCUGAACAAGUUCGCCUCCACGGAGAAUUUCCUGUGUGUGAACCACUCCAAGGCUGUGAUCGCCGCGGGAGGGACAAAGCAUUUGAUUCAGUUGGUUUACUUCGGGGAGCAGAUGAUUCAGAUCCCUUCCUUGAUCAUGUUGUGCUACAUUACCAUGAAUUGUCCGGACAGCGAGGUCCUGGCCAACGAGGAGGUGCUCAUCGUGCUCGAAUGGUCGACGAAGCAGGCCCAUUUGGUGGAGAAUGUGACGAUUCAAGGGUUGUUGCCCGAAUCCAAGAGUAGGUUGGAGUUGUAUCAAUCCAGAGGGAAAAGAGGGUUCCAUUGAUUUGAUGCGUGUUCAUUAGCCCUUUUUUUUUGGUGAGUUUGUGUUUACUUGUACUUAGCUGCCUAUGUUCAUAUAAACCCAACAAGGUAGAAAGUGUACAACAUGAAGAAGAAGAAGAUGAUGAUGCAUUUGAUUUUGCGGUUGAAUCUGUGAACAUAUAGCCGCAGCGAUCUAUCUGUGAUCAUUCCAACCUCCGGCGGGAUGGGUUUGGUGUACUAUUGUAGUGAGGAUUCUUUGUUUUUAUGAACUUUGUUUUCAAUCGAUGACGAACUUCCUCAAGCUUUAACAUAUAUGUGGUUUGGUCUGGUUUUCUCUGAAGUUUUGAAUUUGGGGGGGAAAGGAGGGAAAGAAAAUUGAGUGGGGAGAAUGUUGUUGGGCAUUGCUAUUCGUCGCCCUAAAACAUCUUAUUCGUCGCCCUAAUAUGUAAUAAAAUGACUUAAAUAGC